UGGGAAGGCUGUAAUGAAAUACAACCCUGGGUCUGGUUGUAAUGUUGUGAUUGAUGGCAUUGAAAAGCCUGAGCCUCCCUUGUUUAUGAGGAUGUUUAUUUGUUUAAGGCCUUUGAAGGAUGGGUUCUUGAAGGGGUGUAGGCCAAUUAUAGGGGUGGAUGACUGCCACUUGAAAGGAGGUUAUCCAAGCCAGAUUUUAGUUGCAGUCUCCAAGGAUGGGAACAACAGCAUUUACCCCAUUGCUUGGGCAACUUGUGAGGUUGAAAACAGGGAGACUUGGGUCUGGUUUCUGGAAUCCUUGAUGCAAUGCAUUGGAAGUGCAGAUGGGGCAGGCUUCACCUUCAUGUCAGACAGGCAGAAGGGACUGGUUGAAGCUCUGUCUGAAGUUGUGCCUAAUGCAGAGACUAGGUUCUGUGUUAGGCACAUUUGGGCAAAUUUCAAGUUGAAGUUCACUGGAUCAGUUUUCAAAGAGCUCUUUUGGAGUGCUGCAAGAGCAACAACAUUUGUUGAGUUUCAGAUAGCCAUGCAACAGAUUAGGGAGCUUGAUGAGGAUGCUUACAAUUAUUUGGAGAACAUCCCCACUCAUCACUGGUGCAGACAUGCAUUCAGUGACAGUUGCAGGUCCAACAUGUUACUAAACAACAUGUGUGAGACUUUCAACUCUGUUAUCAGAGAUGCAAGAGACAAACCUAUCCUCACCCAAAUGGAAUGGAUGAGGAGGUACAUGAUGAGGAGAAAUAAUGAGAAGUGGGAGGACUCCAAGGAAAUCACAACCAACAUCACUCCAUAUGUGCAUAAGCUAUUUCAGAGGAUGAGCUAUGUGGCUAGGAAUUGCAUAAUUGAAGCUGCCAGGGAUGACACUUAUGAAGUGCAGCUGAAUGAUGACCAGGUUCUAGUUGACUUGCCAAAUUGGUCUUGUUCCUGCAAUCACUGGCAAUUAACAGGCAUCCCAUGUAUUCAUGCAUUUGCAUGCAUAAUGGAUCAGAGGGUUGAUGCUGAGCAGUUUGUCCACCCCUAUUACACUAUGGACACUUACAGAGCAGCAUAUGAGCCUGCAAUUCAACCUAUGCCAGGCCCAAAGCAUUGGGAGAGAGUGAACAUGAGAGAGCCUCAUCCACCAGCAUUCAAACAGCAGCCUGGAAGACCUAAACAGAAGAAGAGGAAGCUGGAACCUGGGGAGGGAACAUCUGCAACAGGAGGGGAGCAGGGAAGAAAGAGGAGGAAAAGUCAGUGUAGGAUUUGUGGUGGAUUUGGCCACUAUCCCAAGACUUGCAAGGGCCCACAUGAACCUGAACCAACUGAGCAGAGAACUGCAGGAAGGCCUCCUUUAAAUUCACCUUGGGUAGUUGAGCAAAGGAAGAAGAGGGAGAUCAAAGCUGCUAAGAAGAGUGCAAUAGGGGCUGGUCCAAACAGCAUUGGGAAUAGGACUUUUCCCCAAGAGCAACCUGGCUGUGAACCAUUGAGUAAGAGGAAAGGUUCACACAGUCAACAAGGGCAGCCACAAGCCAAGCAUCACACCACCCCUCUUCCAGCCAACCUGAACCCAAUGCUACUGGAGUGCAGACAAGGAGGGCUAAGCUGCUGA